UGGUUGAUUUGAAAAUCAUUUUUGCCUCUCUAUUCUGACAACAAAUGAUGUUUUUUAAUGAAAUUUUGAAUCAGUUUUCCCCUUUCCUUUUCAAUUAAUUAACUGUUUCUUUAAUCAAUUAAUUUUCUUACGUUAUCAUUUUUGUUUGUUUUGUUUUGAUAUUGUUUUCCUUCUGUUAUUUCAUCAUGAGGUCAGUAAAAAUUGCUGCGCUAAUUGAAACGGUUUCACCAUCCUCUUCUCUCAGUAUGAAAAGGAAAAAAGAGGACAAUGAAUCGGAGAAUUAUUAUACACCACCUUGUUUACCUUCUCAAUUAAGGCAAAAAUCCAUCGGAAUUAUUCGACGUUCUCUCAGUGAGAAUAUAACUCCGAAUAAGGGAUUCAAAAAGCCCAGAAUGCUUUCCGAUUCAGGUACACCACUUUCCACAAGGAAUCAAAUUUCACCUCCUGUUAAAGAAACUGUUAAAACUCUUGUUGUAAAGCCAGUUGAUGACACUCCCGCAGUCGAGCUUUCUAAUGAUACCGAACCAAUAAAUAACCAUAGGCUACCACAAAGUUCACCAGAGCAUUUACCACGUCAGAUAUUUCAAUCUCAAUCGCAUUCUCAGCUACAGCCUCAGCCCGCACGCCAGUCUCAGUCUCAGUCUCAGCCCGAGGUUCAAAUUCAAAUUCCAAUCAAAGUGAUGGCCCAACCAAAACAAAAUCUCCAGCCUCAACUGCAGCCUCAACCUCAGCCUCAGCCCCAGCCUCAACCUAAGCCUAAGAUUCAAGUCCCAAUCAAAGCAACACCUCAACCACAGCUGUCUCAGCAUCAACCUCUCUCGCAGCCAAAGCCUUUAGCAUCAACAAGUGUAACUCAAUUGCAAAAUUCCCAGUAUCAGUCAGAGCCAACUCAGGAAGAAGAUGAAGAUGAUAUAAAAGCUGAACCAGUUCCCUCGGGGUUUAAACUAGCCAGCAACAAGGUUCUUUUUCUGAAUCAUGUUGCACAAAAAAGAGUUGCAUAUUUAACAAAGCAGCUUCAGGACAUGAAUAUAGAUUUAUCUGUUUAUAAGGCUGAUAAAGAUAAAAAAGGACCAGUUCCACCGAUUUCAUGUCCCAUAGAAAAUAUCUUGAAUAACUCAAAAUCAAUUAAUUGUCCGGAUGCUGAUGAUGAAAUCUGUAAUUCAGCAGACGACGAGUUCUUACGCAAUCUUGAUGUGAAUAAUUUGGUUGGAAAAGAGGGUGUUUUUUAAUAUUCUAAGUUCUGUAUUUAUUUAUAUAAAAUCCGAUUUAAAUACUUAUGUGAAAAAAACUAACUAAUUGAAUGACCAAUGAAAAAAUUUGAAGUUGAAAAUCAGAAAAAA